CGCUCGUCCGUCUGGCCCUCCCGCAUCUUCCGCCCCGGGAUCCGGGAUCCGGGAUCCCGGACGCCGGCCCCGCCUCCCCGGGCCCGAGCCUGACCCGCGAGCCCGGAGCGCGGGGCUCGGCUCACCUGGGCCCCGUGGCUGACAGUGUGACCUGGGCAGGUCUUGCCUGCUGGGCCUCGGUGUCCUGUCUGCACCAGGGGUUGGGGUGGGACGGGAAUCAAUGCGCUGAAUAUGCCCCGUCCCAGCUCUCCCGUCCCGAGGCUGUGGCUUUCCGGGCGAGUUGGAGUCAUGCGAGGUCCUUAAGAGUCCCCACUUGCCACUGCGCCCCCAGGUUUUGGCCAUGAACUCUGGAGAGAGGAAGCUGGAAGCAGCAGGGCCCAGAGGCAGAAGGGCUGGCAGACCCCGGGAACAGGACCGAGACGUGCAGCUGUCCAAGGCUCUGUCCUAUGCCCUGCGCCACGGGGCCCUGAAGCUGGGGCUGCCCAUGGGGGCCGGCGGCUUCGUGCCCCUGGGCGCCCUCCUGCAGCUGCCCCAGUUCCGCAGCUUCUCAGCGGAAGAUGUGCAGCGUGUGGUGGACACCAAUGGGAAGCAGCGGUUCGCCCUGCAGCCAGGGGACCCCAGCACCGGCCCUCUCAUCCGGGCCAAUCAGGGUCACUCCCUGCAGGUACCUGAGUUGGAGCUGAUGCCCCUGGAGACCCCGCGGGACCUGCCCCCGAUGCUGGUCCAUGGCACAUUCUGGCAGCACUGGCCCUCCAUCCGGCUCAAGGGCCUGUCCUGCCGCGGAAGGACACACAUCCACUUGGCCACAGGACUGCCUGGGGACCCUGGUGUCAUCAGUGGCAUGCGGCCAAACUGCCAAGUGGCCGUGUUCAUCAAUGGGCCCCUGGCCCUGGCAGAUGGAAUCCCCUUCUUCCGCUCUGCGAACGGGGUGAUCCUGACUCCCGGAAAUGCUGAUGGCUUCCUGCUUCCCAAGUACUUCAAGGAGGCCCUGCAGCUACGGCCUACCCGAAAACCCCUCUCCUUGGCUGGUGAUGAAGAGACAGAGUGUCAGAGUGGCCCCCAGCACAGCUCCAGAGGAAGAAGGAUGAGCCAACAAUAAAAUAUUUAUUAAAAAAGGAAAUGUAAAAAGAUUUUUAAAAAUCCUCCAGUUUGAAACCAUCAGUUAUUAUCCUGU